AAGUAACUACCACCACCACCAUUCUCCAGUUCUGUCUCGUAGUUAUCCCUGCUUGCCUAAGGCGAAUAGUUGUUUUGAGAGGUUUUUCCUUUUACCCAAUUCCUUUACCCUCUGUGUGUUUAAGGUUGUGAGAUUGUUUUUAAAUUUAAGGCCAUAUUGAGUAAUUAGAUAGACAGGGGCCUCAUAGUGCCUUUUCACAGAUGGCAACCUUUACUACUGCAAGUGCAAGUGGAGUUAAGUUGCUGAUGUGUAGAUCAUCUGUUACCUUGUUUCCUAGGUAAUAUGCAUGUGUCACUAGCUGAGGCCCUGGAGGUUCGGGGUGGACCAUUGCAGGAGGAAGAAAUAUGGGCUGUAUUAAAUCAAAGUGCCGAGAGUCUACAAGAAUUAUUCGGAAAAGUGAGUAUAGCUGAUCCUGCUGCCCUUGGCUUCAUUAUUUCUCCAUGGUCUCUGCUGUUGCUGCCAUCUGGUAGUGUGUCAUUUACGGAUGGAAAUAUUUCCCAUCAGGAUCUUCGAGCAUUCACUGCACCAGAGGUUCUUCAAAAUCAAUCACUAACUUCUCUCUCAGAUGUUGAAAAGAUCCAUAUUUAUUCUCUUGGAAUGACAUUGUAUUGGGGGGCUGAUCAUGAAGUACCUCAGAGCCAACCUAUCAAGCUUGGAGAUCAUCUCAACAGCAUAUUGCUUGGAAUGUGUGAGGAUGUUGUUUACGCUCGGGUUUCUGUUCGGACUGUCCUGGAUGCUUGCAGUGCCCACAUAAGAAAUAGCAAUUGUGCACCUUCAUUUUCCUACGUGAAGCAGUUGGUGAAACUGGUUCUGGGAAAUCUUUCUGGGACGGAUCAGCUUUCCCAUAACAGUGAACAAAAGCCUGAUCGAAGCCAGGCUAUUCGAGACCGAUUGAGAGGAAAAGGAUUACCCACAGGAAGAAGCUCUACUUCUGAUGUACUAGAUAUACACAAGUCUCCAUUCUCUCAUCAGACCUUUCUUAACAAAGGGCUUAGUAAAUCUAUGGGAUUUCUGUCCAUCAGAGACACACAAGAUGAAGAAGAUUAUGUCCAGGACAUUUCACCAGAUAAUAAUUCUGGACAAGAAGAUUCUGAAAAUACCUGCUCCCCUUGCCAGUUUAAAGCUAGUAUAGAAAAAAAAGUUACCUCAAGCAUUGAUGUACUUCCCAAGAAGAAGAUUUGGGCUUCAUCCAUGGACUUGCUUUGCACGACUGACAGAGAGUCCCCUUCUGGAGAGACUGGCAGAUACCAACGCUGUCUCCCUGAGGCAGUAACAGUGCAGACUUCAACUGCUCCUAGAAGAAAGGAGGCAAGAUACUCAGAUGGAAGCAUAGCCUUGGAUAUCUUUGGCCCUCAGAAAACGGAUGCAAUAUACCACACACAAGAAUUGCCUACCUCCUCGGCAAUAUCAAAUGCUUUGGACCGAAUCCGAGAGAGACAGAAGAAGCUUCAGGUUCUGAGAAAAGCCAUGAAUGUAGAAGAACCAAUUCGAAGAUAUAAAGCUUACCACAGUACCUCCAGUGAAAGUCCAUCUAUUAUUUCCUCUGAAUCAGAUUUCAGACAAGUAAGAAGAAGUGAAGCUUCAAAGAAAUUUGAAUCCAGUAGUGAUCUCCCAGAGGUAGAUGAAACCCCAAAUCAAGGCCAGUCACAAAGACCAAGCAGACAAUAUGAAGCACCUCUAGAAGGCAACUUAAUUAAUCAAGAGAUCAUGCUAAAACGGCAAGAAGAAGAAAUGAUGCAGUUGCAAGCCAGAAUGGCCCUCAGACAGUCUCGAUUGAGUCUUUAUCCAGGAGACACAAUGAAAGCGUCUAUGCUUGACAUCACCAGGGAUCCCUUAAGAGAAAUGAUCCUAGGAACAGCCAUGACCCAAAGAAAACUUAGGAAUUUCUUUGGCCCCGAGUUUGUGAAAAUGACAGUCGAGCCAUUUAUAACUUUGGAUUUGCCACGGUCUAUCCUUACAAAGAAAGGAAAGAAUGAGGAUAGCCGAAGAAAAGUAAACGUAAUGCUUCUGAGUGGGCAGAGACUGGAACUGACCUGUGAUACCAGAACUAUAUGUAAAGAUGUGUUUGAUAUGGUUGUGGCCCAUAUUGGCUUAGUGGAGCAUCAUUUGUUUGCUUUAGCUACUCUCAAAGAUAAUGAAUAUUUCUUUGUUGAUCCUGAUUUAAAAUUAUCCAAAGUGGCCCCAGAGGGAUGGAAAGAAGAACCAAAGAAAAAGAGCAAAGCCACUGUUAAUUUUACUAUGUUUUUCCGAAUUAAGUUUUUCAUGGAUGAUGUUAGUCUAAUACAACAUUCUCUGACCUGUCACCAGUAUUAUCUUCAGCUGCGAAAAGAUAUCUUGGAGGAGAGGAUGCACUGUGAUGAUGAGACUUCUGUGUUGUUAGCAUCCUUAGCUCUCCAGGCUGAGUAUGGAGAUUACCAACCAGAGGUUUAUGGUGUGUCUUAUUUUAGACUGGAACAUUAUUUGCCUGCCAGAGUGAUGGAAAAACUUGAGCUAUCCUAUAUUAAACAAGAAUUACCCAAAUUGCAUAAUACCUAUGUGGGAGCUUCUGAAAAAGAGACAGAGUUAGAAUUUUUAAAGGUCUGCCAAAGACUGACAGAAUAUGGAGUUCAUUUUCAUCGGGUGCACCCUGAGAAAAAGUCACAAACAGGAAUAUUGCUUGGAGUUUGUUCUAAAGGUGUCCUUGUGUUUGAGGUUCACAAUGGAGUUCGCACAUUGGUCCUUCGCUUUCCAUGGAGAGAAACCAAGAAGAUUUCUUUUUCUAAAAAGAAAAUCACAUUACAGAAUACAUCAGAUGGAAUAAAACACACCUUCCAGACAGACAACAGUAAGGUAUGCCAGUACCUGCUGCACCUCUGCUCCUCCCAGCAUAAAUUCCAGCUGCAAAUGAGAGCAAGACAGAGCAACCAAGAUGCCCAGGAUAUUGAGAGAGCUUCGUUUAGGAGCCUGAAUCUCCAAGCAGAGUCCAUUAGAGGAUUUAAUAUGGGACGAGCAAUCAGCACUGGCAGUCUGGCCAGCAGCACGCUGAACAAACUGGCCGUUCGACCUUUGUCAAUUCAAGCUGAGAUUCUGAAGAGGCUAUCCUGCUCAGAGCUGUCGCUUUACCAGCCAUUGCAAAACAGUUCAAAAGAGAAGAGUGACAAAGCUUCCUGGGAAGACAAGCCUAGAGGGAUGAGUAAAUCAUACCAUGAUCUCAGUCAGGCUUCUCUCUAUCCUCAUCGGAAAAAUAUCAUUGUUAACAUGGAAUCCCCAUCACAAACCAUUGAGGAGUUGGUGGCAAAACCAUUUCACCAGAUGGCGAGAUCUGACACAGAAUCUUUGGCAGGAUUCACAAAACUUAAUAAUUCAAAGUCUGUUGCAAGUUUAAAUAGAAGUCCUGAAAGGAGGAAACAUGAUUCAGACUCAUCCACUGAAGACCCUGGUCAAGCAUAUGGUAUAGGAAUGACUAUGGAUAGUUCUGGAAAUUCUUCAUCCCAAGUACCCUUAAAAGAAAAUGAUGUGCUACACAAAAGAUGGAGCAUUGUAUCUUCACCAGAAAGAGAGAUCACCUUGGUGAACCUGAAAAAAGAUGCAAAGUAUGACUUGGGAUUUCAAAUUAUUGGUGGGGAGAAGAUGGGAAGACUGGAUCUAGGUGUAUUUAUCAGCUCAAUUACCCCCGGAGGACCAGCUGACUUGGAUGGAUGCUUAAAGCCAGGGGACCGUUUGAUAUCUGUGAAUAGUGUGAGUCUGGAGGGGGUCAGCCACCAUGCUGCAAAUGAGAUUUUGCAAAACGCACCUGAAGAUGUGACACUUGUUAUCUCUCAGCCAAAAGAAAAAAUAUCCAAAGUGCCUUCCACUCCUGUGCAUCUUGCCAAUGGAAUGAAAAACUACCUGAAGAAACCUUCCUACCUGCAAGAUGGUACUAUAGAUUCUUCUUCCGAAGAUCGUCACUGGCCACAUGGUACCCUGAGGCACAUCUCAGACAGCUCAUUUGGGCUGCCUGGAGGCCUGCGGGAAGGAAGCCUGAGUUCUCAAGAUUCCAGAACUGAGAGUGCCAGCUUGUCCCAGAGCCAAGUAAAUGGCUUCCUUGCCAGCCAUGGAGGUGACCGAACCUGGAAGGAAUCACAGCAUGGCAGCCCUUCCUCAUCUGUAAUAUCCAAAGCUUCUGAGAAAAAGAGAAUUUCCAUUGACAGUAGCCGAAGCACAGCUAAAAAACCAGGCAUUUCUGAUGUGACAGAUUACUCCGAUCGUGGCGAUUCAGACAUGGAUGAAGCUACCUAUUCUAGCAGUCAGGAUCAUCAGACAUCAAAAAAGGAAACUUCCUCCUCAAUGAAUACAUCCAACAAAAUGAAUUUAAAAAUUUUUUCUUCAUCACCUCCUAAACCUGGAGAUAUCUUUGAGGUUGAGCUGACUAAAAAUGAUAACAGCUUGGGGAUAAGUGUCACGGGAGGUGUGAAUACCAGUGUCAGGCAUGGUGGCAUUUAUGUGAAAGCUGUUAUUCCUAACGGAGCAGCAGAGUCUGAUGGUAGAAUACACAAAGGUGAUCGUGUGCUAGCUGUCAAUGGAGUUAGUCUGGAAGGAGCUACCCAUAAGCAAGCUGUGGAAACACUGAGAAAUACAGGACAGGUGGUCCAUCUGUUGUUAGAAAAGGGACAGUCUCUACCAUCCAAAGAACAUGUCCCUGUAACCCCACAGUGCACCCUUCCGGAGCCGGAUGCCCAAGGUCAAGCCGAAGAAAAAAUGGUGAAGAAAACAACUCAUGUCAAAGACUACAGCUUUGUCACUGAAGAAAAUACAUUUGAGGUAAAAUUGUUUAAAAAUAGCUCAGGCCUAGGAUUCAGUUUUUCACGAGAAGAUAAUCUUAUACCUGAGCAAAUGAAUACCAGCAUAGUAAGGGUUAAAAAGCUCUUCCCCGGACAACCAGCAGCAGAAAGUGGAAAAAUUGAUGUGGGAGAUGUUAUCUUGAAAGUGAAUGGAGUCUCUUUGAAAGGACUGCCUCAGCAGGAAGUCGUAUCCACUCUUAGGGGAACAUCUCCAGAAGUAUCCUUGCUUCUUUGCCGACCUCCACUCGGUGUGCUACCUGAAAUUAAUACUGCUCUUUUGACCCCACUACACUCUCCAGCACAAGUACUUCCAAACAGCAGUAAAGACCUUUCUCAACCAUCAUGUGUGGAGCAAGGCACCAGCUCAGAUGAAAAUGAAAUGUCUGACAAAAGCAAGAAACAAUGCAAAUCCCCAUCCAGAAGAGACAGUUAUAGUGACAGCAGUGGGAGUGGAGAAGAUGAUUUAGUGAAAGCUCCAACAAAGAUGUCAAGUAUGAGCUGGAGUUCCGCCUUGCGUCAGACUCUAAGCAACAUAGUAUCACAGGCACAGGGUCACCAUGAAGCGUCCAGGAGUCACGAAGAUGCCAUUUGUACCAUGUUUUACUAUCCUCAGGAAAUACCCAAUAAACAGGAACUUGAGCACAGUAAUCCUCCUUCCCCUCUACCACUGGAUGUGACUCCUGGACAGAGUUGUCAAAACCAACCAGAAUCUGCUUCCUCCAAUUCAAUGGAUAAAUAUCAUAUACAUGACAGUUCUGAGCCUAGUAGGCAAGGAGACUUGUCAUCCUUGAAAAAUGACUCUGAAAACUACCUUGAAGACUUUGAGCUGGAAGUAGAACUCCUCAUUACCCUGAUUAAAUCCGAAAAAGGAAGCCUGGGUUUUACAGUAACCAAAGGCAAUCAGAGUGUUGGUUGUUAUGUCCAUGAUGUCAUUCAGGAUCCGGCUAAAAGUGAUGGAAGGCUAAAACCAGGGGACCGCCUCAUAAAGGUUAAUGAUGCAGAUGUUACAAACAUGACUCACACAGAUGCAGUGAACCUGCUUCGAGCUGCACCAAAGACAGUCCGAUUAGUGCUCGGACGAGUUCUCGACUUACCCAGGAUGCCAGUGUUGCCUCAUUUGUUACCUGACAUUGCAUUAACAUGCAACAAGGAGGAGUUGGGUUUUUCCUUAUCUGGAGGUCACAACACCAUUCAUCAAGUGAUAUAUAUUAAUGAUAUCAACCCAAGGUCAGUUGCAGCCAUUGAGGGUAAUCUCCAGCUAUUAGACAUAAUCCAUUGUGUGAAUGGAGUCAGCACACAAGGAAUGACCUUGGAAGAAGUUAAGAGAGCAUUAGACAUGUCACUUCCUUCAGUGGUGCUGAAAGCAACAAGAGAUGGACAUCCAGUAGUCCCCACUGCAAAGAGGGCUGCCAGUUCAAGUCCAAAGCCAAGCAAGGCCAGUGGUCAUCACAUUGUGGAGCCCUGCAGCAAGCCUACUCUAACUCCUAAUAGUUCUUUCUCCAAGGUAAAUAAAAAAUCUGAUGUACAAGAAGAUGACAUUUAUGACGAUCCUCAAGAAGCUGAAGUUAUCCAGGCUCUGUUGGAUGUUGUGGAUGAGGAGGCCCAGAAUCUUUUAAACCAAAAGAGUGCAGCAGGAGAUGCCCAUGUUCCAGGUACAUUGAAGACCAAUGCAAACUUUUCAGAAGAGGGAGCAAAAGACACAGACUGUGAUGGUUCACCUUUACCUGAAGAUUUUUCUGAGUCUACCAAAAUAAAUGGCUGUGAAGAAUAUUAUGAAGAAAAAGUAAUAAGUAAAAAUGUAAUUCAGAAGUCACAAGAAAGGAAAACUGAUGAUGAUGAAAUCACAUGGGGAAGUGUUGAAUUGCCAAUAGAGACAACAAACCACGAAGAUUCCAAUAAAGAACAUCCCUUUCUGACAAACGAGGAGCUCACUGCACUCCCCAUCAUCAAAGUGCUUCCCUUCGGUAAAUACACUGGUGCCAGGUUGAAGUCAGUCAUUCGAAUGUUACGGACUUUACUGGAUCAAGGAAUUCCUUCUAAGGAGCUGGAGAAUCUUCAAGAUUUAAAACCUUUGGAUCAGUGUCUAAUUGGACAAACUAAGGAAAAUAGAAGGAAGAACAGAUAUAAAAAUAUACUUCCCUAUGAUGCUACAAGAGUGCCUCUUGGAGACGAAGGUGGAUAUAUCAACGCGAGCUUCAUUAAAAUCCCAGUAGGGAAAGAAGAAUUUGUUUACAUUGCCUGCCAGGGACCUCUCCCAACAACUGUUGGAGAUUUCUGGCAGAUGAUUUGGGAACAGAAAUCCACAGUGAUAGCCAUGAUGACCCAGGAAGUAGAAGGAGAAAAAAUCAAAUGUCAGCGCUAUUGGCCUAACAUCCCCGGCAAAACGACAAUGGUCAGUGACAGGCUUCGGCUGGCUUUUGUGAGAAUGCAGCAGCUGAAGGGCUUUGUCGUGAGGGCAAUGACCCUAGAAGAUAUUCAGACAGGAGAGGUGCGACAUAUUUCUCACCUGAAUUUCACUGCCUGGCCAGACCAUGAUACACCUUCUCAGCCAGAUGACCUACUCACCUUUAUCUCUUACAUGAGACACAUUCAUAACUCAGGCCCAAUCAUCACUCACUGCAGCGCUGGCAUCGGACGUUCAGGGACCCUGAUAUGCAUAGAUGUGGUUCUAGGGUUAAUCAGUCAAGAUCUUGAAUUUGACAUCUCUGACCUAGUACGCUGCAUGAGACUGCAAAGACAUGGAAUGGUUCAAACUGAGGAUCAAUAUAUUUUCUGCUAUCACGUUAUCCUUUAUGUUCUGACACGUCUUCAAGCUGAAGAAGAGCAGAAAGAGCAGCAGCAGCCUCUGAAAUGACAUGAAACGAGC